GUAAAGAUGACAUGUAUAAAUUAAGUGAGGAGGUCCACACAUUUGCCUUUGAUGUUGUCUUUGGACAAAUGAAAGGAUAUCUCACUAAUUUAUCUAUGAUGGAGAUUUGGAUGUCAAAGAGUGCUGGUGGUGCUUUGACCUCUGACCUGCCGACCUUCAGUCUGUCACCUCAAGAAUAUAUGACAAAGAUAGGUCAGUUUUUGAUGACACUACCACAGCAUUUAGAACCGUUUACUAUGGAGGAUAAUCAAGCAGUUUUGGUAGCCCUGAAAUAUGGCAAACUUCCAUAUACUGAUGAAACUGGAGACUUCAUAUAUAUUAUGAAGGAGGGAUCAUCAUUACCUGAACAUAUUGCUGAUUUGUGGCUCGAGUCAAUUGCAAGGGGUACAAUGCAUGUGCUGUGUGAAGAAAUAAUAAGAAUACAUGAGUUAUCUUCCCAUGGAACAAAACAACUUAUUACUGAUAUUGAUUACUUGUGUAACGUGUUUGAUGACCUCGGUAUCCAGGCAACAGAAACGCUGAAGAACAUUGAUUUAUUAUUGAAAGCGAACUCUGAAACAUUCCACGACAUUGCUGAGAAUAUGCCUCAGAGACUGUCACAUGCCAUAGGCAAUAUGAGACAUAUUGAUCUAUAAACUGUACCUGUAAUAAUUGACAUUAAACUGUUCACUACUAGAUAUGAGUGGUGAGGUUCUUAACAAUUAGAACUAGAAGAGUUUGAUGAAAAUGAAAACUCUUAAUGAAUUAGUUUUGAUUGGUGUGCAGCAUGGCUUAACUAUAUGUCUUUGGAAAACAUAUAUUUCUCAAGAGUUACCAACCAAAUAUCAACUGAAUGUUUGUCAAUAUGUAUCCUUAGACAUGUUGUUAAGUUGGUGUAAUUUGAUUAUUUUUGGAAGAAUAAUCGCCCGUUUGUUUUGGGGUCUUAUUUUUUAAAUAUACGAAUGUACAUCAUGCGUGGGCAAUAAACAAAAACUGGUUUUGUGACAGCUUGCUGUCUCUUUUUUUAUAAGGGAACAUAUCAGAAGUGAUGUAAAUUCAGAUCAAAUCUGUAUACAUAUAAAUAUGUAGUUAAUGCACUCAUUUUUUUCAUGCCAAUAUAUUACAUAUUUCAUAUUAGAACAGCUGAAUAUCACACUUGAAUUGCACUUAAUUGCUUUUAUUAGUAUAUAAUUUGGAAAAAAUGAGUUCUGAUAUUGUGAUAUACUGUACAGAGUUACAGAGUUAUUUAUUGUGCUUACUUAUUAACCAUUUAAAGGCCCAUUAUGCCUUAGAAAUGAAUAUUUAUUUUACUUCUUAACAUGAGUAUUAUAAUAUUUAGAUAAUGGUUUUAGAGCAUGCCAGUUUGUGACCUGAAAAAAAGUAGCGCUAAGGUAGCACUAAUUUUGAAAUUAUUUAUCAUAAAAGUAGCAAAAUGUAAACACAAUAGUAUUUUGACUUCCAUACAAAAAACUAAAUCACUAUAACUGUACUAAUUGACAAAAUGCAACGGAGGAAACAAUGGUUUAGAUAAUUGGCAAAUGAGUAAUUAUAUUUGGAAACUAUAGAAGUACACCAAAUACAAAAAAACUUUUGAGAAAUAAAAAUAAAAGCAUUUCUCAGGCAUAAUGGGCCUUUCAAGUUAUUUUUGUCUGAUAUAGUUAUAAGAUAUGGUUAUAUUGUUAUAUGAGGGAUUGUAAGUUAUAUCAUAAAUGUAAAUAUAUGGAACUGAAAUAAAUUGUUAAAAUUUAUGAAAGAA